UUCCUAUCAAUCUCAAAGGCUUUGGGUUGUAAUGUACCUUGAGGUGUGUCCUAUGACCACUUGCACAGGGUGCAUAAUGAAAUCAGAGGGAGAUGUGUAGUCAGGCUGCUUGCAAGAUAAGAUCACACAUACAUACAGAUGCAGUAAUCAGGUACUAAACAAAAAAAAAGGCCAGAAAGAUAAGAGUCUCCUGUUUGACUUUGUGGUCUUUUCCUAACAAGCUCCUUUCCAAAGAUACCUUCCAAGUAACAUCCUAGGGUGGUUAAAAAGCAUCUUCUAGAAGUACAGGGAAAACCUAGCAAGGCCUGUCUUUUCUGAACAGGCUGUGUUGUAAGCUCAGAAAACAGCCUGGUGCUUCCAGAACACCAAUGACUGAUUCCUGCAGGUGUGCAUCUGAUUUAUUUCCCCACUGUCUGAUAAAACAUCAUUUAUCAUGAGGACAUUUAUUAAAUCAUGGAUUCCUCAGUGCUUGCGGAUUCUUGGGUCACCUUGCAGGUUAUUCCAUGGAUGCAAUAGGCUUUUUACAUCUCAGAUUAUUUCUUAUUAUGACGCUAUAAACCAGUGUAAAAAGGAACUGCCAGAAUAUUUCAACUUUGCAAGUGAUGUCUUAGAUGAGUGGUCACGACUGGAAAAGGUUGGAAGACAAACAGCAAAUCCGGCUUUUUGGUGGGUAAAUGAUGAGGGAGAAGAGGUAAAGUGGAGCUUUGAAGAGUUGGGAUUUCUGUCUAGGAAAGCAGCUAAUAUACUUUCCGAGGCAUGUGGUUUGCAGAGAGGAGACAGAGUUAUAGUAGUGCUGCCCCGUGUUCCUGAAUGGUGGCUACUCUAUGUAGCCUGUAUGCGAACAGGAAUUGUCUUUAUUUCAGGAACAUCCCAGUUAACAGCCAAAGACAUAUCAUACCGACUCCAGGCUUCGAAGGCCAAGUGCAUCAUUACCAAUGGCACACUGGCACCUGCAGUGGAAUCGGUCAUACCUGACUGCCAGUUUCUGAAAAGCAAACUACUUGUAGCCAAAGGGAGCAGAGAUGGGUGGCUGAACCUCAAAGAACUCCUUGCGGUGGCAUCUGCUGACCAUGAAUGUGUCAAGACAAGGAGUCAAGACCCAAUGAUAAUCUCUUUUACUAGUGGAAGUACGGGCCUUCCAAAAAUGGUGGUGCAGUCCCACAGCAGUUAUGGCAUUGGAUUUGCAACCAGUGGCAGGUACUGGAUGGACUUGACUCCUUCAGAUAUAAUGUGGAAUACCUCUGAUACUGGCUGGGUAAAAUCAGCUUGGAGCAGUGUUUUUGCACCAUGGAUCUGUGGAUCGUGUGUCUUUGUACACAACAUGCCACAGUUUAAACCAGAAGUUAUUGCAGAAACUCUCUCAAGAUACCCCAUCACUACCUUUUGCACUGUUCCCACCGCCUACAGCAUGCUGGUCCAACAUGAUCUGAGCAGGUACAAGUUCAUGAGUCUGAAACACUGUGUAACUGGAGGGGAACCGCUCAAUCCUGAAGUGAUGGCGAAGUGGAAAAUCCAGACAGGGGUGGAUAUCCAUGAAGGUUAUGGCCAGACAGAAACAGUGACAAUAUGUGCCAAUAUGAAAGGAAUGGAAAUUAAACCUGGCUCUUUGGGAAAACCUGUUCCCCCUUACGAUGUGCAGAUCGUAGAUGACCAUGGGGCUGUUCUGCCUGCAGGAGAAGAAGGCAACAUUGCUGUCCGAGUUAAACCAACGCGGCCAUUCUGCAUGUUCUCUGAGUACUUGGAUAAUCCAGAGAAAACUGCUGCCUCUGUGUGUGGAAAUUUUUAUGUCACUGGGGACAGAGGGAUUAUGUGUGAAGAGGGAUAUGUCUGGUUUGUUGGAAGAGCUGAUGAUAUAAUUAAUUCUUCUGGGUAUCGCAUUGGCCCAUUUGAAGUUGAAAGUGCAUUAGUGCAACACCCUGCAGUGUCAGAGGUAGCUGUUGUCAGCAGUCCUGAUCCAGUUCGAGGGGAGGUAGUCAAAGCCUUCAUUGUUUUAGCUCCUGCUUAUGUAUCACACAAUCCAGAAAAAUUAACUCAUGAGCUUCAGCAACAUGUCAAGAAGGUGACUGCACCUUACAAGUACCCGAGGAAGGUGGAGUUCGUUCAGGAUCUGCCAAAGACGACUACUGGGAAAAUCCAGAGAAAGGUUCUAAGGAACAAAGAGUGGGGAAGAAUCUAACAUGAUCUGGAAACUGAGGAGAGAAGAUUCCCAUCAUCUGUACCAGCCAUAGCACAUCAUACUUGGCAUGUGGUCAUGACCCAGAGCACUAGGAGAACUUAGGAAAAAACAAGCUAUAGGAAAAAAAAGGGGGAGGUAACACUCACAUGGCUUGAGGAUGUGUGGUACUGGAACCGCUUCUGCCGUCGACCUACAGAUUUCCAGAAGGCAGAAGGUGCAAUGAGGAAUGGGAGAGAGAAGGAAGCUUACAAAGGUUUAAUUAUUUUACUGGAAUUAGUAUAAACAGCCUCUUUAAAAAGUGUAACUACGACAGUUUAAUAAUUACAAAUAAAUGAGAAAUUAAUAAAAAAUAUCUUUCUCCUAUAGUGGGUAUCAGCAGUGAAGUGAGAUUCUCUCUUCAAAAACUAUCGCUGUAACAUUCCUAUUUUCUUUCUGACUGGAAGGAGAAAGUCAUAUUCUUUAACACCUUCCUCUUCAUGAAUUUGUGAUCUACUUAAAUGGUUAAAGUGGGGGGAAAAAAGAAAAUACAAAGUGCUUUAGGAAAAGUUGCAAUUUACGCACAAUUGACAACAGUGUAAAUGAUUACAAGAAAAAGGUUGCUCCACAGGAAGAAUCGUGCUGCGUGGUCUGUUUUGUGCUAUGUUCUGUUCUCAUUACUGCAAAAGAAGCAAAUGAUAGAGUAGAAGGGGUUUCACUCCACAUCCUUUUUGGCAGAGCGUCACGUUUCAUAACAUUUAGAUGAAAGCUAAUCUUUACAGUGCCUCGUUUGGGAAACACAUGUCCUGAAAGCAGAAUGAACUGAAUGAAGAGGAUCUACCCAACCAGCUCUCCAUCUAUAUUGCUAACAGCAAACAGGUCAGGAAAACAUUGUUUGUCUGAAUUCUUAGUGUUGCUGAUGGUUGAGAAGCAGCAGAUGGUACUAAAUCAGGAAAAAUAAUCUCUGAUUCUUGCAGCAGUUCAGAGGAUUUUGCCAUUACUGGAUCUUUUCCUCAAUUUUUUUUACUUCAUUUUCACCUGUAAGUUUGCAGGUGAAAGUGUGCUAAAACCUGAAGGCUCUUACAGCAAAAUUUUGAUGACAGUUUCGUAGACCACUAGGGAAUCAGUAGGGAUUUAAAAUGUUUAUCAUUUCACCAGUCUUGAAUACUGUUUCCAAUCUUGAA